AGAAAAGACAGCCAUUUUGUUUCAUUAUUAAUACUUAUUUUUUUAGUACAAACACGUAGUCCUCUUUGUAUCUCCCAUUUCAUUUGUAAACAUAUGGUGGUCCUUUUCACUCUUUUGUAGUCGCAUACAUUUAGUACAGCUGUUAGAGAAAGACAAAUGGUGGGCUAACUUUUUCAUUCCCUAUUUUACUCGUGAGUAAUUUCGAAAAAUAAAAUGUAUAUUUGAUGAAAACCCGCGUUCUUUCGGUCGGGUGCGCGUUCGUUGUGAAGAAAAUUUAAUAAAAAUAGUGUAAAAAUUGUUUAAAGAAAUAAAAAUUUAUUAAAAAUCAAUACUUCAAUGUAAGCUUUAAAAUACAAGGCAUGCUUGCUUGCUUGACACCAUGAUGCCGUAAUAUAUAAGAAAAUAAAUGUUUAAAGAAAUAUCUCAAUGAAAAAAAGUAUUAAUCUUAUCCUAUAAUAUAUAAAAAAUAUAGAAAGCCUCGUAAGGAUUUACCAAACUAAACAACCAACAAAACACAGACAUUUUGGAUAACACUAAAAUAACAACAUACAUUUUAAUGUAUAACAUCCAUUACAUGAACAACCAUAAUAGCAACAAAUAACUACCUUUUAAAUAUUGACGUCUCCAGAGUGAAUGCUUCAGAAUUAUAUAUAUAUAAAGUUGUAAUAAUUACACAUAAAAUAAGUUUAAAAAACAAAAACCUCCCAAAAGACUUUAAAACAAUCUCCAAUAAUUGUAAUUUUGCAUACAAAAAUCAAUAUACAUCCAUAAAUUUGGCCUAAAUAUUUUGCAGUUAAUUGUUUGUUUCAAUUACUAAGUAAAACAACAACAGAAACAAACAUGUCUACUAUAUAUUUAAGCUGACUUUAAAUACUAUUUGCUGUAAAUGUAUGAUAAUUUUGCCAUAAAAUGCGGCCAACAACAGCAACCGUCAAACAAUUACAGCAGCAGUAUAUGGCCAAAAAUCAUCUAACUUCAGAUAUGUACAGCAUUAUAUAUAAACUACUCUAUCAAAACUCCAGACUACAGAAAAGGAUUUGAAACUAACAGACAAACGAAUUGUUGUUAAUUCCUUCAACGCAUCCAUUAUUACUAUUAUUAAUUUAUUUUUUGUUUAAAAAAAAGAACUGCUAAAUGCUAAAUAGUGAGUGAAAUUGCACUAAACCCCAGAGACAGAGCACACACGACAGUGUGUAAUAAAAGAAGGGAGAAGUGAUCAAGAGGAGAAAAGAAAACCCGUUAAAAAAUAAAAACUCUUACGAGAGUUUAACGUUUAGCGAAAUAUUUUCUCUUCGUUUGUAAGAAUUCUCCUUUCGAAAAAAGUAAUAAAGACAUUUUGUGAAUCUUAGCCUUACAAUACUACUACUACAUUUUAUUUUCCACAUAAAACUAAAAUAUAAAGUACAGAAAAAUAUAUGAAAAAGUAGUGAAAAGAUAAUUCUCAAACUAUAUUGGUUGGUUCCUCCCCUACUUUAGCAAGCUCCUUGCUAAUACAAACGAAAAUAUAAAAAUUAAAAACAAACAAAAUUAAGCACAAUUAACAUUUUUUGUAUAUACAGUUACAAAAAAUCAUUUUAAACAUACCUCAAGGUUGGUCUGAUACACUAACCUUAACCAAAUAUUUAAAAAAAAAGCAAAAAGGAGAGAUAGUGAGUGAGUGAGGGAGGAAUAUUGGAUUGUAAAAAUUAGAAAAACACAAGAAAGAAACGAAGCUGCAAAAUGUCGCAAGAACCACCGCCACGUAAUGAACCCUAUGUGGAGCCAGUUAAUGGCAUUGUUCAGCCACCAACUGUACCACCUCCUGAUCGACCAGGUCGCAAUACGAAUCAACUUCAGUAUCUCAUCAAGACGGUUAUGAAAGCCGUGUGGAAGCAUCACUUUUCUUGGCCAUUCCAACAACCGGUCGAUGCCAAAAAACUGAACCUGCCCGAUUAUCACAAGAUCAUCAAGCAACCCAUGGAUUUGGGCACUGUGAAGAAACGGCUGGAGAACAAUUACUACUGGACGGCCAAAGAAGCUACACAGGACUUGAAUACAAUGUUCUCAAAUUGUUAUGUGUAUAAUAAGCCGGGUGAAGAUGUAGUUGUUAUGGCUCAAACAUUGGAAAAGGUGUUUCUGCAGAAGCUGGAAGGCAUGCCCAAGGAGGAAAUAGAAUUGGAGCCGGUGACGCCGAAAGGUGGUGGCAAAAAGAAGCCGCGUUCGGGUCCCAAACCACCUCCGACCGCCAAUGCAUCACUGUUAAGUGCGCCCACCACGCCCGCUAGUUCUGGCGGUGGCCGGGGAGGUGCCGGAGCUGGUGCAGCCAGUUCUGCGCGGCCUUUGUCGGCUAUGGGCGGCACUGUGUCGUCGUCUGGUGGCACACCUGCUUCCACGCCCGGCAUACCACCGAUAGCAACAGUGGCACCGCAAACUGUACCCGGCAGUACGAAUACGACAACAACGGCUCUGGCAACAGGAGCUCCCAGUACCUUACUACCUGGAGCCAGUAUACUACCACCGGGCGGUGUGGCUACUCAUGUGUCUUUGGUAGGCUCUGCUGCGGGUGCAGCAGCUGGUAUUGGCGCAGGCGCAGCCGGGGUCAAUUCAACGCUGCUCGAUGGCGGUGUAACAGCUGCGGGUGCCAAUCCUGCUGCUUUGGCAACUACUGCGGCUACCGUACCUGCGUAUCAUGUGAAUAGCACAGCGGCCGGAGUGGACGCCGUCAUACCUCCUCAGCAACCGGCUAAAAUGAAAAAGGGAGUGAAAAGAAAGGCUGACACCACAACACCAACUGCAAAUGCAUUUGAAUCACCGUAUGCACAAAUCGACUCAAAGAGUGCGAAAAUCGCAACGAGGCGUGAGUCCAAUCGACAGGUAGGCAAAAAGGACACCGGCUAUCCCAUGUCACCCAUGGGUGUGGGUGGAGUACCUGGUGUUGCUGGUGGUGCCGGCGGUGUACCGGGCUCAGCCAAGUCCAAGGAAAAACUAUCAGAUGCCUUGAAAUCCUGCAAUGAAAUCCUUAAAGAACUCUUUUCCAAAAAACAUUCAGGCUACGCUUGGCCAUUCUACAAGCCCGUCGAUGCCGAACUGUUGGGUCUGCAUGAUUAUCACGACAUCAUCAAAAAGCCCAUGGAUUUGGGUACCGUCAAACGGAAAAUGGACAAUCGCGAGUAUAAAAGUGCACCCGAGUUUGCCGCCGAUGUGCGAUUAAUAUUCACCAACUGCUACAAGUACAACCCGCCAGAUCAUGAUGUUGUUGCGAUGGGUCGCAAACUACAAGACGUCUUCGAAAUGCGCUACGCCAACAUACCCGACGAACCGGUGGCGAAUGCUCAUGCGGCAGCGGUAGCUGCGGCGGCAGCCCAUCACGGCUACGGCAAACAUGACGGUUCGGAUUCAUCUUCCGACGAGUCAUCGGACAGUGAAAACGAAUCGAACUCGGACGAAGAGCGCAAUGCGAAACUGAAGAUGCUGGAGACGAAACUGCUCGAUUUGCAAGAGGAAAUGCGCAAACUAAUGGAAGAAGCCUCGAAUAAGAAGAAGGCCAAGAAGAAAAUGAAGGAAAAGAAAAAGGCUGCAGCCAGUGGUGGCCCAUUAGGAGCCGGAGGCAUAGUACCGGCGGCAGCGGUUGGUUCAUUGGUACCUGGCGGCGCCGGCGUCGCCACAGGUGUUGCUAACACAAUGCACGGGCAUGAGAUUGCCUCGGCUAUACCGAUGGGUCAGAUAAGUACGGGCGGUAAGGGUACUUCCAUGGGUCCGGGCGGUAUGUCAGCGGGUCCGGCUACGACGGCUGCAGGUGGUAAAGGUGCUAAAAGUAAGGGUCAACGUGGCCCGAAAACAGCGAAUGCUAGCGGAGUGGGGCCAGCUGCAACAACAGCGGCAACAAAACGUACCAAAGGCAGUACAUCCUCUGCUGGAGGCGGUGGUGCAGGUUCCGGAGCUGGUGCCAGAGGUGCCAACAAAAAGAAACCCACCAGCCAAGCCAUGGUCUUCGAUUCGGAGGAGGAAGACACGGCCAAACCCAUGUCAUACGAUGAAAAAAGACAAUUGUCUUUGGAUAUAAAUAAACUGCCGGGUGAUAAAUUAGGACGCGUUGUACACAUUAUACAAAAUCGAGAACCAUCGCUGCGCGACUCUAAUCCAGAUGAAAUUGAAAUUGAUUUCGAAACAUUGAAACCCUCAACGUUGCGUGAACUUGAAAGCUAUGUGGCAUCAUGUCUACGCAAAAAAACCCGUAAGCCUUACUAUAAAAAGCCAUCUGGUAAAUCAAAAGAUGAACAAAUGGCCGAAAAGAAGCAAGAGCUAGAAAAACGUUUACAAGAUGUAACAGGCCAAUUAGGUACCAGCAAGAAGACAGCCAAAAAAGACGAAUCAUCGAAUAAAGUUGAAGCUGUUCAACCCGCAAAUCGCCCAUCAUCUAGUUCAAGUUCUAGCGAUUCAUCCUCGUCCAGUUCAAGCGAUAGUAGUUCUAGCGAUUCAAGUGACAGUGAAGCAGGCGAUGCUGAGGGUCCACCGAAAAAGAAAAAAACCCGCGACUCAAAUGGUAGCAAUGUAAAUAAUUUAAUAACAACGCCCACAAGUUUAACUGGUGGUGGUGGUAUGGCAGCAACAACAACAACUGCAUCAUCAGCUGCAGCAACAACAACAGCGGCAUCAACAGUAAAUACUGUACCAUCACUAAAUCUGACUGCUGCUGCGCAAGGAGCUGCGGCAGCAGUAGCAGCAGCAACAACAAUACCACCGACAUUAACCUCUCAACAACAGCAGCAACAGCUAGCAGGUGUAAAUAGUCAGCCAUCAAGUGAUUUACUAGGAAUACUUGGUGGCAAUAAUACAAAUACCAAUACCACUAAUAUAACAAAUGAACCUCUAACGGCAGCAGCAGCAGUAAGAUCACAAUCAAGAAGCCAAUCAAGAUCAUUGCAACAAGUAACUGAAAUGUUAAGAGUUGUAACACCUACGUCUGCAGCUAAUAAUAGCAAUACUUUAGAUGCAGCAGCAGCUUUAAAUAAUAAUAACAACAUCAACAAUCCAAAUAAAACACCUUCAGCAACGCCUACUUCAGUAGCAACACCAACCGUUCCAAUCGCAGCAACAGCCAGUGGCACUACACUAACACCGUUUAGUAGUGCAGCAAGUUCUGUGAUUGGAGUCGGUGGUGGUGUUGUUGGUGGAGCUAGUACUGGUGACAGCACUAAUGGACCAAGUGACUUGACAAUGCCACCAAAUUCUGCUGUCGGUGUGAAUGCAACCGCCGCUGCUACAGCCCUCACCACUGCCUUGAGUAGUGGCGGAGGUGGUGUAGGUAUCGGUGGAGGUGGAAAUAGUAGUGGUGUUGCUGUCUCAACCGUGGCUAGUACCGCUGGUGGAGCCAGUGCUACGACAACAAGCACGAGCAGCAGCAGCAACAGCACAAAUGUUAGUAGUGGUGGCGGCGGCGGUGGCAUACGCAUCGCUAGUAAUUUACACAAACUGCCUGCCGAUGUGGCUGAUACGCCCGCUAGUAUUGGUGGGGCAGCAGCCACAUCUCAGGUGACGACCACAGUCUCUUUGGCUGCUGGACUUAAACAAAUUCCACAAUUUGAUGACCCUGUUGAACAGUCGCUUGCUUCAUUGGAACAGCCGUCUCUGUUGGCUCCGCCACCAACCAGUAAAAGCGCUGCUGAUACUUUCCUAAUGGCUGCUGCUGGUAUUAAUGCUGCCCAUUUAAUGCAACAGCAAACCACGCAACAGCAACAACAGCAGAUAUUCGAAAGCAGCCAACAAACACAAUCAAAUCAUCCGCACAGCGCCGCCAACAAUCAACAUCAUGUAGAAUUUAUGAAUGAAUUGUUGUCGAAGGGUGCAGCUGCCGCCGAUAAUGUUCCCGGAAUGAAUGGCAAUCACUUCCCCCUAAUGCAGUUUGGCUUAAUGGAGGGCCUUAAUUCCAUGAUGCAACAACAGUUCCAACAAGCAGUGCAACAUCAGCAUGCGCACAAUAAUGGCUACAAUAUGGCCGAUGUAGCCGCUUCCAAUGCUUUAGAUAGUUUGGGCUUGGGUCUAGGUCUGCCACACGGCGCUGGAGCGGCAGGUUCCUCGAUAUUUGAUCAGCUGCCUGGACGCAAUGAUAAUCAUUUGCUGGCCAUGAUGAUGAGUAGCGGUGCAGCUGGUUUACCCGGAAAUUUAUCACUGGGUCCCACGCCCGGUGGCCCCUCCAGUGUAGGCGGUAAGAAAGAUACAAAUACCAAUAGUGUGCUUGGUCAUUUAGAUCAAGCGCAGCAAUCUAGCAAUAAACUGCUUAUUACGCCCAAACCCAUAGAAUCCAUGAUGCCUAGUCCGCCUGACAAGAGACCGCAACAGUCACAACAGCAACAGGCAUCUGGGGUGGGGGUGCCACCGCCACAACAGUCGCCCUCCGAUUUGAAAAUACCAUCGGCAGGCAUGGCUGCCGGCGGCGGUAAUCAAGCCAAUUUUGCACAAGCAUUCAAAACACACGAACAAAAUGUAAAAAAUCCCAGUUCGUGGUCCAUACUCGCAUCGGCGGGUUCACCACAAAACACACCCACUUCGAACAAAACCAAACCUGCCAUGGACUCAUUCCAGCAAUUCCGUAAUAAAGCCAAAGAAAAGGCCGAUCGCCAAAAGCAGCUGGAGGCCGCCGAAAAAGAAAAGGAACAAAAACGCCAAAAAGAAGCGGCCGAAAAAGAACAACAGCGCAAGCAACAUCACUCCAAAUCCUCACAUUUGGUCGUGGGUGGCGGCUCGAAUUCGAGCAGCAGCGGUGGCAAUGGCAACGGCAGUACCGGCGGUAACAGUUUAGCCUCAGCGCUCAGUGCAACGCAUCAUCAGUCGGUGGCCGCAGCAGCAGCUGGUGUACAACCACCACAUGCUCAUGGUGGCAGUAGCAGUACUGCCCAUUUGGCAGCCUCCAUAAUGGAUGUUAUGGAAAGUGGGAGAAAAAGCGUACAUGACAUACAACCCUCCUUGUCGCGAGUGGUUGAUGAUUUAAAAGCUUCACCCCAGGGCAGUGGUUCACCAGCUGGCGCUGCACAACAAUCACCACAAGACCGGGCUGCUGCUAAACGCGCGGAAUUGCGACGCAUGGAACAAGAACGUAGAAGACGAGAGGCGAGAGCUGGACAAAUCGAUAUGAACAUGCAAAGUGAUUUAAUGGCAGCCUUUGAAGAAUCGCUUUAAUAUAUGGCUAAAUAACUUUCAUAUGGAAAAACUGUUGAAAUAUCUCUUGUCAUUUUUUAAACAUAAAACUAUAUAUAAAAAAUAUUAUUAAUAUGGAACUUAAACUUAAUUUAUAAAAAAAACACACACAACUAAUAAUAAAAAACAACAUCUAAUUGUACUAAGUUUAUAAAUAAUAGACGAAAAGAAUGAAAACAAAACAAAAACCAAGUAACAAUUUAAGGAAAAUUUACACAAAGUAAACUAUUUAUAAAUAAAAUAAUAAAUUUAAAUUAAAUGAAACCAUUAUUAUUUAAGAAAAUAACGCUAAAACUAAAAAUAUAGUGGGCGUAACAGUGAAAAAACAAUCAACACUAAAUUAAAUUAAAUUUAAGCAACCAAAAUUGAAAACACAGGCGACAAGAGAGACAUUUUAGAACAAAAUUUAAAAAAUACUACAAAAUUAGUUCAACGAAAAAUAUAAAUUUCAGUUUCCAAACAGAACAGAAUCCAAGAGAAGCAAACACAGGGAGUAAGAAAUUCUCUAAAAUCCAGACUUUUUAGUUCUUUUUUUCUUUAAUUAAUUAAUAAUAAUAAUUUUUAUUAUUAAUAAUCGUUAUUUAAUUGUAAAAUCAUUUUAAAGAUGAACAAUAUUUAAAAAACACAUACACACAUACAUUAUUAUAAUUUUAAUUUUAAAUGGCAUAAUUUCCUUUCUUAUUAUUACUAUUAAUUCUCUUUUCUAAGUUUAAUAAAAUACAAUUUUUAAUAUAA